AAUGUUAUUAUAAAGAGUGGCAGUCUGAGGAAUGCACUAUGGAAGCUAUGUUAUGAUACUCACCAGACUCAACUUGCAGUUGUUCCAACAAAACGGUCUUAUGAAGAGGCUAUUGGUCUUGACAGUCUCGUGGUUAUUUCUGAAGAGCAUCUGUUUGAAUUCGACCGGGAAUGGCAUCAACACAAAAUCAAUCUUCUUUGUAGCCCACCAGCUUCAGGAAAGACAACAUUUGCCAAGCGGUUCAAGCUGUACACCAAGGACAAUAGCUGUGUUGUUUGGCAUAUCUCAAUGACACAUGUGAGUGACAUCCCCAGCACUAUGGAAAACAAAGACAGUUUUAAUGCUGCCUGGAAAAAAUUUGCUGGAGAAACUUGGACAAACUGUCUUCAUAGCACAGAGCCAACAGACAUCUUAAUAGAUGAAGCUCAAAUGCUUUAUGACAAAGCACCUUUCUUUUGGAAUGACAUUAAUAUUAAGGGCCUUCAAGAUUAUCCUAAUACUAAGGCACAACUUGCAU